AUGCAAUCAUUUAUUAAAUUAACAAAGCUAACAAUCGAAAAGCAAAUUUGUAACGUUAGAACAAUCGGUUUAUUGAAAAAAACUCAAUUACGUUUUUAUAGUAAAUCAGAACCAAAAUGUCCAUCAAUGAAAGUAACUAUUUGUGGUGCUUCCGGAAGCAUUGGUCAACCUCUUUCCCUCAUGUUGAAACAGUGUCCUUACAUAGAUGAACUCAAUUUAUUUGAUAUUAUUGGAGCUUGUGGUGUAGGACUUGAGCUUUCACACGUGGAUACUAAAUGCAAAGUUAGAGCCUAUACUGGAAAAGAACAAAUUAAAGAUUCAUUAAAAAACACACGAGUCGUUGUUUUGGCUGCUAGUUCGUCAAAAAAAACAGGUGAAGAUCCUUUUAUAGAAAAUGCCAAAAUUGCUAUGGAAUUAGCUGCGGCUUGUGGAGAAGCUUGUCCGGAAGCUUUAAUUGCUGUAGUAAUGAACCCUCUUAAUUCAAUAGUCCCUGUUGUUUGUGAAAUAUUAAAAAGAUGGGGCCGAUUUGAUCCAAAUCGUGUUUUUGGAAUCACGACUCUUGAUUGCGUGAGAGCAAAUAUGUUUGCUGCAGAAAUUUUAGGACUCGAACCUGAAUGCGUCGUUAUACCCGUAAUCGGAGGAAAUUCCGAAUGUACAAUAGUACCUGUUCUAUCUCAAGCUAAACCUUCAAAUGAUUUUAAACCAGAAGAAAUUUCUCAGUUGACGCUUGCCAUACAACAAGCAGAAAAUGAAGUAACAAAAGCCAAAGAAGGUGUAGGAUCAGCUUCAUUAUCAAGUGCUUUUGCGGCUGCUAGGUUUACUAUCUCUUUGGUUAAGGGUCUCAUAGGUCAUAAAGGAGUGGUUGAAUGUACCUACGUUCCAACGGAAUGCAUGGAAGGUGUAAGCUAUUUUGCUGUCCCUAUCGAAUUAGGUCCUAACGGUGUCAUGAGAAAUUUGGGAGUACCAAAUUUAAGCGAAUACGAAUGUAGUAUUUUACAAAGAGCCAUUCCUUAUUUACAAAACGAUAUUAAAAAGGGAGAAGAUUUUGUUAAAACUCAAAAAGCUUCCGAAAUACUUAUUUGCUAA